GUCGGUGCUCGAGACAAGGACGGACGGACGCCACUGCAUUCAGCCGCGGAGAACGGCCAUGUCGAGAUCGCACGCGCCCUUCUCGAGCACCGUGCGGCCGUCGACGCUCAAGGCCAGGGCAGACAGACACCACUGCAUUCGGCCGCGCGAAACGGCCAUGCCGAAAUCGCACGCGCCCUUCUCGAGCACCGUGCGAACGUCGAUGCUCAAGACCAGAACGGACGAACGCCACUGCUUUUUGCCGCGGAAAACGGCCAUGUAAAAAUCGCACGCGCCCUU